AUGGUAGAGAGUAUUAUGAAAAUAGAUAUUAAAUCUUUAUUUAACAGAGCUAAAUCAGCGUGGAUUGACUUAAUGGCAAAGGUAAAAAGCUUAUUUGCACGUAGCAACAAAAAUAAUGCGCCGCUGGAUAUCUCUACUAAUGAUGAUACUCAGAUUCAAGAGAAAGAAGCACAGGCGGGUCAUCUAGAAAAUGAAAGGGAUUACACUGCAUCAGAACUAGAUGAAGAGCUAUUCUAUGAUGCUGUUGAAACUCUCUCAGAACUAGAUGAGGGUGAAACACUUAAUUUAGAAGAUCCAAGGCAAAAUGAAGAUGAUGAUGAACAGAUUAUAUGGCAUGAUGCCGUUGAAAACAUAGAGGAAAAUGUGAAUAUACAGUUAAUAUAUGGAGGUAAUAAGUUUUACAGUGCUAAUAAAGACUUACAAGAAGUGGAUAAAAUCACCGACCAUGAAAAGACUUUUGCAAUUGCUCUAUUUGACCAUAAAACAACAAAACAUCCUGAUGUAGGUGCUAGCCUGGACGGCGGAAUAUUAAAUAAACUUACAGAUUUUCAAUUCAUAAAUGGCAAAUGCGCAUUAAAAUUUGGACAGCUUGGUGUUGAAUUUGGUCAUAUACGCCUAUUUAUGCCAUUUUUUUUCGAAAAAAGAACGCAAAUAUCACCCCAUGAUCUUUUUCAAUAUACAGAUAAAGAUGACAAAAAGCACACACCUAGCAUAGUAAUGCUUCUAGACAAACCAGAGAGUUUCAAUCUUGAUCCGACCUUUGCGUCUGCAGAAGAGUUAGGAUGGGGAUAUACCAAGACUAAGGUUAAGUUUUUUGAUUAUAUAUGUACUACGGCUUGGAAUCAUAUAAAAGAAAGUGAAGCAAAUAAGUCAACUAGAAUAAGUUCUACCAUGCUUCCUACUUUUACAAUGAAUUUAUUAGAAGGACAAAAUUUAAGUCUCUCGAUUAAUCAAGGUUCUAUUUCAGAUAUUAUGGAAGAUUUACGAAAAGAAAAAUCGACUGUAAAUAUGGUAUACUAUCUGGCAGGGUCAUUGUUUAGUUUAAUUAUUAAUUGUAUAAUAGAUAAAGUAACAAGUAAGCAAGAAAAAACAAAUUUUCAUAUUAGGGAUAUUUUAAUGAAUGGUACAAUGAUUAAUGAGUUACAGAAGCAAACUAAUGGCCAAGGCGCAAGCUCUUCUGAGCUUAAUGGUCAAUGCUCACAAGACAUAAGCUCUACUAACCUUGAACUUAUAAAUAUUAAAAGAGUUAUGAAAAAUGCUGUAAUACAUAGCACUUGA